AUGAUUACUCGUAGUGAAAUUAAGGAAUUUCUGCCCCAAAGUAUUAGUAAACAAUAUAAAACAGAACCGAUAGAUCAGAAUAUCAGCGAUCUCUCUUUCAGUUUUACACACAGUUUGAAAAGUAGUGUGAAACCGAAGUUAAACGAUUCUAUACAAUUCGAAACCCAGAUAUCUUAGAGAAUUCAAGCUAAACCUCCUCUUACAUCAAAGAGCAACAAAAAGUUCUCAAUCCCAAUAAUAAGGGAUAAAACAAACUUUAAUUCUGAAUUUACUAGUGAUUAAAUGUCUACCCCUAGAUCGAAAUUGUAAGAUUGUAAAUUUUAACUAAUUCAUCUCAAGCUGUAAAACUAACAAAACCAAAAGAUCAAUAAGCAAAUACUGGUUGAGAAAUUAUCUAAGCAAUUGAAACAAUCUUCAACAGCCAACAUCUCAAAAUCAAAGGAGAUCAUGUAAAUUGAGUUGUUAUUGGCUGCAUACAAUUAAUUACACUUAAGUCAUUCAAAGUUGAAAUAGGAGAACAAGACUUUAGAAUAAGAAAUCACAAUAUGGAAAUCAAAGUAUCAGGAUUUGGAAAAAAAGACAAAAUCAAGUAUCCAUUCUAAAAGUACAUCAUUACAAGUGUAAUUCAAUAAGCCAAUUAAUUAAAAUAUAUAAGAGAGAUUAAAAACAUCAUCACAUACUUUUAAGUUCUCCUUAUAUUGA